AUGGCGGACAAGGAGGAUACCGAAAAGACCAUCGCCGAGGACUUGGUUGUCACCAAGUAUAAAAUGGCCGGCGAGAUCGUGAAUCGGGUUUUAAAGCAAGUCCUAGACAAAUGCAUUGCUGGAGCAUCUGUGAGGGAGAUAUGCGAAUACAGUGACAAGUUACUUCUAGAGGAGACUAGUAAAGUUUUUAAAAAGGAGAAGGAACUUAAAAAGGGAAUUGCUUUUCCAACAUGCAUAUCAGCUAAUAAUUGUAUUUGCCACUUCUCCCCUAUUGCUAGUGAACCCGAUCGCAUACUUAAAAAUGAAGAUAUGGUUAAAGUUGAUCUGGGAGCACAUGUUGAUGGCUUCAUAGCUGUAGUGGCACAUACCAUUGUCAUAGGUUCUUCAGUGGAGAGCAAAGUGACAGGCAGGAAAGCAGAUGUAGUUUUAGCUGCGCAUUAUGCUUCUCAAGCUGCAUUGAGGCUUUUGAAGCCAGGUACAGAGACUUACACGAUAACGGGAACUGUGGAGAAGAUAUGUGAUGCCUAUAAGUGUAAGCCGAUUGAAGGAAUGCUAAGUCAUCAGUUAAAGCAAUUCAAGAUUGACGGAGAGAAGACGAUAAUUCAGAACCCGAACGAUGCACAAAAGAAAGAACAUGAAAAGUACACACUCGAAACUCACGAAGUUUACGCGAUGGACGUGUUGGUUAGUACAGGUGAGGGAGUAGGGAGGGAACAGGACACCCGUGUCACGAUAUACAAGAAGACAGAGGAGACAUAUCAGCUUAAACUGAAGGCAUCUCGUGUGUUCUACUCGGAAGUCUCCCAUAAGCACGGUCUCAUGCCAUUCAAUUUACGUACUUUCGAAGACGAGAAGAAAGCUAAAAUGGCUGUAGUAGAGUGUGUUAAUCAUAGGCUGAUUGAGCCAUUCCAAGUACUGUACGAGAAGCCGAACGAAUAUGCUGCGCAGUUUAAAUUCACGGUACUAUUGAUGCCUAACGGACCUCACAAAAUUACAGGAAUUCCCUUUGAUCUCGACGUUUAUCAAUCCGACUGUGUUGUGGACGAUCCCGAAUUAAAGAAUCUUUUGUACUCUUCGGCGAAUCCGAAAUCUGCGAAAAAGAAGAAAAAGAAGGCCGAGCGAGCCGUAGGAGAUGUCGCGAUGGAAGUCGAUGCCAAGGCCUAACACUGUCAUUUUAUCGUACACCAUGACUUAUGACAUCGUCUGCACUACUCCGAUAUUUUUUAUUUAGCGAUUUAAGAGCCAAGGCUGGACACUUUCGAAAUAGAUCAUAACAAACAGCUGUGACAUCCUGAAACAUUGCAUCGAUAAAUUAUAUUGCGCGAUGCUUCGUGUUGCUACAUCCUCGCCAUUCCUUGUGAAGGAAUAUCGGUAAUUAUCUGAUAUUUGAGCGUGCGAGCUUCAUACACACACACACACACACAUGGUACCUUCGCACUCGAGGGAAGUGUCAACUUUUGCUCUGCCAGAAUAAAACUUUAUCAUCAUACAUUAUGCCACAAUUUACACACUAUCGACGCUUAAGUUUUUAUACCGGAGUAUCUUUUAAUGGACCAUGGUAUUAUUAUUACUGUAUGCGAAUUGGCAAUUAUUCUUAUGAUUAUUACUUGCAGUUGUAUCGCAUUUAAACAUCCGAACUAACGUUUCCUACACGAUAAUACUAUACGAUCAUUCUCUGUGGAUUGGAUCUAAUGAAAAAGUGAAUCGUAUAUGUAUUUCUGUAUUAACGAACUUUCGUUUGUCUUCUGUACGAUAAAAUUGUACUUUAAAAAAUGUCUAAUUGUUUCGCGUGUAAUUAUUUUCGGGCGGGAUAUGUCGGAGAGACAUAAGAACGAUUUAAUUUGUGAAUAGAAUAAUUAUGUAUUUUUUGUCACACACUUCACUGUGAAUAUCCGUAUGAGAUACGAUUCACUUCGAUUCACGUCGCUAGUUUCACGCUAGUCGAUUUUGUAUCCUGUGUCCAGCUACGAGAAACACUAAUAACGUUUAAAUUGUAUAAUUGGAGGAAUGUCCGUUUUGGGACACUGCAUAAAUAAUGAAAUGCCAAUGAUUCUCCGAGUGUUUCGUUGCGAAAUACCCCCGACCGACAAGAGAGAGAGAGAGAGAGAAAAGAAAUUGCUCUAUUAUAAUUUAUUCUCAUAUUCCGCGUAAAUUAUAAAUUGUGUACGGAGAACAAAUUGUUAGCAGCUGGGAAUGCACUUUACAUCGGACGAAUUUAUUUAUGCGAAAAGAAAAAAGAAAAGAAUAGUUCUUUACAAAAAAAAUACAUUCUUAGGGAGUAAUUGACUUGCCGACUUGCUACAAGCCGCAAAUUAUAAAAAUUAAUAUACUGUGUAAUAAUAGUUUUAUAUGUAAGAGGGAUAGAUAAUGUAUCUGUUAUAGAUAUUUUUUCUACUCAAGUUGUGUGCAUACGUCGAAUGUUACAGAGUGUGCUUGUAUAACAAAAGAUGUCUUAGAUCGUUGUGCACUGUCCAUCAUUUGCCCGAAUAUCUUUCGCACAUUCGCUGUUCGCGUUUAGAACAUAAAUGACGGCUACUUCGAGGAAUUUUCUUGUGAGAUCUUCAAGUUAACCGUAAUGUUGAGCCAUUUUGUAAUGAUUUUCGUCGGAACAAAUAAGAAAGUAUGAAAUUUUGCAAACGAGGGCCGUGCACAAAAUUCAUACUCGGUAAUAAAAUUUAAUACAGUGAUA